AAAAGCAUUAUUUAUUGUUUUAACUGAAAGAGAAAUUAUGCUGAAAAUUUUCCUGAAAUGUGCUACAAGAACUUUUGUUAUCAGAAGUCAGUUUGUGAGAAUUUAUCAAAAGUAAAUACAAAAGUGCAAACUAAGUAUUCGAUAACAAAAGGAAACAUGUGCAGCCAGUACGUUAGUUAUUUAUUAAUUGCAAUCUUGACAAUCUCAGGGCUUGGAUUCAGUUUUAAGGUUCCUGAUCAAUCUCUCUGGCAAUCACACUAAGUGAAGAGCUUCACAAAGUCGUGACAGAUGCAAAAAGAUGGUGUAGAACUACGCGUGUCAACAUGAAUCGCAUCCUGUUAUUACAUCUCGCCUGAGGCUAAAAACACCGGCAGCAUCGCCUCCUUGAAAGGCCCAUAAGAACCUGCGAUGGGCCGUACAGGGUACACAUGCAUCAGACACGUUUUCUGCUCCCUCAACGUUUUAAUAUGGUUGUGUGCUUGUGGAAUUUUGGGUGCCGGCCUGUGGCUCCGAUUGGCUUAUUCUGGAUACACGACCCUGGUACCACAAUACAGUUUUGCAUCAGCUGAUUCUGUACUUCUUGGUUCAGGCUGCAUCACCUUUAUUGUUGCUUUCUUCGGUUGCUGUGGCGCCUGGUUCCAAUCAAGAUGCAUGCUAAUUACGUAUUUCAGUUUGGUGAUUCUGGUCUUUCUAGCAGAAUUUAUGCUGGGAACACUGGCCUUCAUUUUCAAAGAACACGUGGCAAGUUCUUUGAGGGAAGAAUUGUUAUUUGGAAUCGAAAAUCAUUAUAAUAUUACUAGAGAGCCUGGAACUCUACCUGCUGUUUGGGACCACAUUCAUACUGAGUUUCAUUGUUGUGGAGUUCGUGACUACACUGACUGGUAUCAGAUUAGUGCCUGGCCAACAGAAGAUCGAGUUCCUGAUUCCUGCUGCAUCAAACGAGAAAGAUAUUGUGGUCGACUGGAUCCUGAAGGAAGAAAUAAGGAAUUAUGGUACAAAGAAGGUUGCUCUUCUGCUAUUCAAAUGUGGGUCGUCACGAGGCUUCAUGUUGUAGGUACAGUUGGACUAGUUCUUGGAUUUCUUCAACUUUUUGGCCUCCUUACGAGUAUGAUUCUUUUUUGCACUGUUAAACAAAAAAGAACCUCACACACAUAUAAAAGUUACGACACUACGACAACCUAAUCUAAAAAUAAACAAAAAAUUAGUCUCUUUCAAAAUGCAACAAAAAAAAGGCCUACAAAGAAAAACAAUUGUUUAGAGAAAGAAAUAAAGUCUAAAUUUUCUGGUUUAAAAAAAUUCAUAUAUAGUUUAUCAAUAAUUGGUUUAAUUGAUUGAAAUAAAUAAGGCUAAUAGCGCAUUCUUGAUGCAAAAAUUUAUGUUUAAAGGUGAAAUAAUCUUAAUAUGACUUUAAACCAAAUUUUUGACUAGGUUGAAAUUCAGAAUUCUUGAAAUAGUAAUAAAGUCGGUUAAAUAUUUAAAGAAGGAAUAAAAAACGUUGUAAAAUGUUAAACGAGAAAAUAAAGCGACAAGAAAUACUAGAAUUUUUCGAGAUUUUAUGAAAUGAACUAGAUUUCCUUGAUAUCAAGGAAAUUAUUACUUGCUUAGUUGGCGGUACUCUGCGGUUUUCUUGAGAUACCACAAACAAGAAGAGAAAGAAAACAAGCGGACUGCCAUUCUAAAUUUAAAGUUGACUUUGUACGCAAAGUUAUUCCAUUGGAAAAUUAUAAAAAUUGAAAAUACACGCAACUUUAUAAUUCGCUUUGUUAAAUUCAACUCUAAAGAAGAAACAGCAGUUUAUCAAUUCAGGUACCCACUUUAAUCACUAAAGUUCUAUUAUUGAGGGUAAAUUUUAAUGAAAAAAAGUUUAAAUCUUGACAAAGAAUUAAAAAAAACAUUUAUUCAUAUUAUUAUUAAGAUAUCAUUUAUUGCAUGAAAGAAAUUGUAUCUUAUCUUUCUUUGUAUUAUUCGCAAAAGUAAUUAUAAAUCAUUUAAAAGAAGGUUCGUGUCUAAAUAACCAAGAAUAAUAGAUAUUUUAAAAAAACACGAGCCUUUUCCAUUUAAUCGAUUUUAUUUUUAAAGAACCCUUUUAUCAAUCCCAAUUAAUAAUAUCUUGUGAAAAAUAUAAUAUAGAUAUUAUUUACUAGAUAUUUUUAAUAACCGUAUUCAAUAUUCAUAGAAUAUUAUAAACUAUCGCUAAAGUGUAUUUAUAUAAAACCAAAUAUUUCAUCAAGUUUGCAUCAAUGACAUGAUCGGAUUAUUAUUCAGUUUGCAUCACUUUGUAUUCUUUCUUUGCAUGCUAUUUUUAUUCUCUCCAAGUAAUCAAUUAUAUAUGAUUAUUUAUAUUUUAUAAUGUGAUCCUUAUAAUGAUUUUCCUGUCUGGACGCUCGCAAUUAUUUUAACUUACAAUUAGUAGUACGAUAAAAACAAUAUUCUUAGGCAAGGUAUUAUAAUUUCUAGGCAAGGUAUUGUAAUUUCUUAGGCAAGGUAUUAUGAUCCAAAGAAAAAAGCUACUAUAGUUAUUAUUUAAUUAUUAUUCUAAUUUUAAGCUAACAUAUACAAAAUAUAAAAUGUGCCUAAUCUUAAGGUGUAUCUUGAAUAAGAGAAGAGUUAUAAUUAUCCGAAAAUUAUAUACAGGACUGCAUUUAGCAUAAUAUAAUCAUAUUAUAAAAUAAUCAUUAGAACGUGAAUAUCAUAACCAAGAUGUAUCAAUUUUACAUAUAAAAGUUACUAAUUGAAGAUUUCUUCUGGAAAGAAUCAAACGUGUAAAAAAUUUAAUUUUUGCAUAAUUUUGAUUUCUUACACAUAAGCUUGCUGGAAAUAUUACAGAUUACAGCGUCAGUGUUCUCCAAAGGAUCUUCCAUAUUUAUUCUCAUUUUCAGUAUCUAUUAUUUUUUAUUUUAAUUAUAUAAUAGAAAAACUUGAUUUAAGUUAAAUAUUUAGAAUUAAUUAUAUAUUUAUAUCACAUGAACGCGUUAGAUGAUAAUUAUCCUACUUUAUAAUUGUCUUAUAAUAUUACUAUUAUUAUUAUAUCUUACUUGUAAGUAAACACACACUGCAGAAAGUAAGAAAAUCGUAAUUUAACGAGAUAUAUUUAUUCCGAUCUAUAGACACUGUAUGUACAUUUUAAACGCUUAUUACAGUUUAUAACAAUUACAUAUAAACAAAAUAGUCUA